CAAUAUAUUGGCUAAUUGAGUACCAGCUAUUGAAAUAUUGAGAAAUAUUAGCGUUGUGUCUAAGGUACUGAAACUGAAAUGGAAACGUGACGAAUACGACUCUCCAUAUCUGCAUUGAACGAGAAUCGUUGCGCACCUUUCAUCUUCUCAACUAUAACCAACAAGAGCAAUAACCUCCGUCCUAGCCACAACCCAAUAAAAGCGAACCAAAGUUCUUUAUCUAGUCAAAAAGAAGAAUCAUGGGAAACUGCAAAUCAUUACCAAAGACAUGGUGUUCAUGUAGCUGCUGUACCAAAUGCUGCAAACAUAAAGCGACUGAAGAAAUCAGAUUGAAUCCACUGAUUUUACCGCCGAUUCUCGAUGAAACCGACGCCACAUCAACCAAUGUCAUUUCGAUUAAAUCCUUCGACUUAUGUACGAACGAAAAUGGACCGGAUCAUCAUACGAAAAAUUUCUAUUCGAUGAAAUCGAAUCCCGGCGAUGAAACGAAAUUGAUUGUUCGACGUGGCCAACCGUUCAAAAUCCGUCUAACGACAAAUCGUCCAUUUUCACGUGCGCGUGAUACUUUGAAUUUCGUAUUCACAUUACACAAUGAUGAAAAACCUAGUCAUGGCCAUGGAACGCUAGUCGGAUGCAUGCUGAAAAGCAAUUCGUACGAAUUGGGUGAAAGUAAUGAAUGGGGCAGUGCAAUCGAAACCAUAAGUGGCGAUCAAAUGGAUGUGCUGAUAAAGCCGUCGUGCCGAGCACCCAUCGGUGAAUGGAGAGUGGAAAUCGAUACACAGGUGUCGAACCAAGAGGGUGUAAGGAACUUCAAAUAUUCAUCGACAUUCUACGUUCUCUUCAAUCCUUGGUGCAAAGAUGAUCAAGUCUAUAUGCCAGAUAGGGAGGCUUUAAGGGAGUAUGUGUUGGCCGACACAACGUUAAUAUGGCGAGGCUCUUACAAUCGACUUCGACCAUCGGUGUGGAAGUUGGGUCAGUACGAAAGAGAUGUUUUGGAUUGUUCGUUGCUACUUAUGUCUAAAAUUGGAAAGGUAACUCCGGCUCAUCGUGGAGACCCGAUAAAAAUAUCAAGAGCACUAUCAGCUGCUGUAAAUUCUCCGGAUGAUGAUGGAGCAGUGCUGGGUAAUUGGUCGGAAGAUUUUUCUGGAGGAACACCUCCCACAAAAUGGAUUGGUAGCGUUGCAAUACUGCAGGAAUACUACAAGAAACGAAAGCCCGUCAAAUUUGGGCAAUGCUGGGUGUUCUCCGGUGUUUUGACCACAAUCGCACGUACCUUAGGCAUUCCGUCCCGCAUCAUAACAAACUAUUCAUCAGCCCACGAUACGCAGGGAUCGUUGACCGUAGACUAUUUUGUCGAUGCCGAAGGCAAGGUAUUGGAGGAAAUGAAUUCAGAUUCCAUUUGGAAUUACCACGUUUGGAAUGAAGUGUGGAUGGAUCGGCCCGACAUUGGUGUUGAAUACGGUGGCUGGCAAGCCAUCGACUCAACACCCCAAGAAAUGUCGGACGAUAUGUAUCGUUGCGGUCCGGCAUCGGUGCUGGCAGUUAAAUUGGGUGAAAUAUUGCGUCCGUACGACUGUGAUUUCUUGUAUUCGGAGGUGAAUGCAGACAAGGUGUUUUGGCGGUACACUGGACCCUAUCAACCGUUGAAAUUGUUGCGGAAAGAUACGUUGGGCAUUGGUCAUUUGAUCAGCACGAAACAAAUUGGACAAUGGGACCGGGACGAUAUUACGAAAACGUACAAAUUUGCGGAGAAGAGCCGAGAUGAACGGGACACGAUGGCCAAAGCAUUAAAGCAAGCGAACAGUUCGUUUUCAAGGUAUUACCUCAACGAAGACUUCAACGACAUUUACUUUGACUUCAACCUGCAAGAUGAUAUCAAAAUUGGCGAAACGUUCCAAGUCACACUACAAGUGAAGAACCGAUCUGAUGAAAAAGCUUACGACGUUGUGGGGUCUUUGCAUGUCGAAACGGUACUGUACACAGGAAAGCAACGGGACAAGGUUAAAUCGACGACAUUCGAUAUAAAUAUCCCGCCAAAUUCCUUGAAAUUGAUAGAAAUGGAGGUCACUUUCGACGAAUAUUUCGGAAAAUUGAUGGACCAGGCUGCCUUCAACAUUUCCUGUAUGGCCAACGUACGGGACACCGAUUACGAAUACUUCGCACAAGACGACUUCCGGGUGCGUAAACCGGAUAUUAAAAUAACUUUCCAAGGUAUACCGACGUCACAUGAAGAGAUCGAUGUCAUUGUCAGACUUACCAAUCCACUGCCAAUUCCAUUGAGGAAAGGACUGUUCCAACUCGAAGGUCCAGGAAUUGAGUCUCAAAUAUUGAAGAAGAUUGCAGAAGUACCUGUUUCAGCAACAACAUCAGCCACAUUUAAAUACACACCACCAUUUGCGGGUCGGGCUGCGCUGGUGGCUAAAUUUAGUUGCAAAGAACUUGAUGACGUCGAUGGCUUUUUAGCUUAUGAAGUGAGACCAAGGCCCGAUGAUGUGCUGAUCGAAAGUAAUGAAAUCAACGGAGGCUAUAAUCGACGGAUCGAACGACGCGAUGUUAUACCCUGAAUGGGGUGUGUUUCUUACACUUAAGUCAUAAGAAUUCCUAACAAAUGUUAACCAAUCAAAUUUAAUUUAUUUAUCUCGAGUUGAUGUUGAAGCAAUAAUUUAAUAAAAGAUCCAAGUUUUUAUGUUCGUAAAGAAAA